UGUAUUCCGAGUUGGACAUGAAGGCAUCACAGCCGAGAGCGGUUUCCCACCGCAAUACGAGUUUCAACUGUCUCCGAGUUGUCAAGCGGCGCAAACAGCGAACAACCAGUAGUACACGUGUUGGACUUUGAAGAGUUUUUUUACGGACGCUAACUGGAUUUGACAGCAUUGGUCGCUCCGUUCUCCAUGUGCACUUCAUCAUCAUGGCCUGCUGUGAGACAGAAGGGGUGGUGAUGACUUGAGUUAGAAACCUGGAACAGACAGCGAGGGGGCCUUCAAGUGGAUAACUGCCAUAGAUACAUGUCAGGACCAAUCGGAGCUAGUGCACACGGGCACGCACACGGCCAUGUAAGCUGUGACUGUGAACUGCACUAUCAAGGAAAUUCCUCAGUCCUCCAGGGUCAACUCUGUGUUCUCAGCGUGGUGGUUUGUACAGCUGCACAAGCUUCUGUUUGUACAGUACACAGACAGAACGCGCUGUAUGGAUGCCUUAGUCACCGAAACGAUCACUAGAAGCUGAAUUUAUACCUGCAGCAAAGCAGAGUAUAGAGCAGGAUCCUACAGGGAGACACGAUGGCUACUGAAGAUGAUCAGACACAGAUUGGGCCUGUAGUCCUGGCUCACCAUGCUUCAUCUCAGUCCACUGGAAGGAGACCCAGCAGAGAAGCCAGUCAUGCAACUGACAGCCAGGAAGUACGACGAUACUCUGAACAAUUGUGGCAGUUCAAACAGCAGAGUAGCCCUUCCCUCCUUUUACAUAGGAAGUUGUCCUGUGACAGUUGGAAAGGGACAAUUUUGGAUGAGGAAUAUGGGUGUUUGGAUUACAGCUCAGAACUCUUGAGUACCAAAGAGAAACUUUAUCCACAGCUGUCAGCUGGCAUGAGAAAUGACAGAAUAACUAACGCAGUUACUUUGACAGCUGAGAAAAGUUCAGAGGGAUCUCUGUGCCAGCUGGACACCCCUGGAGAGGGCGUGGAUGUGGACAGAAACAGAACUGGCAGCACCCAUGGUUCCUGCUACCUCUCUAGCCUUUACAUGACUCCAGACACUUACUGUUGCGACAGCCCCAGAUCUAGUUCAAGCCCCAACUCCAGCCCUGUUCAUAGUCCAUGUCUCAGCUCCAGACCCUCUUGUCCCAGCCAGCAACACAUUCGCCGCAGCAGCCUGCCUACUUCAAUGAUGGCUUUUCACAAGACAUCACCCUGCCUCUCAUCGCAAUGCACUCCAUCCAGUGAACCGAGCUCCUUGGUGUCAUCUCCCUGUAGUUCACCCUGCCCCAGCCACUGCCAGAAUCCCCAAAAUGGGCACAUCCGCCGGCAAUAUGUCAACAAUGUCUACUCGAGUUUAGAGAGGCUCAACAGGAGGCCCAGGGUUAACAAAUGCUCCCUGGAGAAAGUAUUCCAACAACAGUCACCUCUUGAAACCAUGACAAAAUCCCUGGGGCAGGAUGAGAGGUCACCAUCAGGAGUGACCAGGAACUGCAGCGGAAACGACAGCAGCAGUGAAGUGGAUGGAGAUGGUUUCUUGGACAGCACAGUUAGUACGGAGCUUGUAAGGAACCGUAAAGAGCGUUCCACGGUUCUAGUCAGGCGCUUCUUCAAGAAUAAUCAAAAGGUGACCAAGUCGGUGUGUACUGGAACCAGAGCCAUUGUCAGGACACUGCCAUCAGGACACAUCUCAGAGGAGGUCUGGGAGGUGGUUGUUUUUCAUAAGACAUGGCAACCUAGCAAGAAGGAUAUGCAGCUAACCGGAACGCGUGAUGUGGGAGAAGAAGUCCGAGUGUGCAAAGGGAUGCUACACUUUAAGCCACAGCAGGUUAUAAACUAUGUGCAGAACAUUGAGGACCUCAACCUGAUUCAUCCUGCCAAAAAACUUCUCCAGUCUUGCCCUGGAUGUGUGCAUCUCAGGGAGUCUUGCCGGCCAUUGUGCACUGUGAAUGCAAGCCCAGCCAGACCUGAUCUUAACCCCUGCAGUAAUCCCUGGUGUCAUCAUUCUAAUCCACCCAGGUUUUAUCGUGCUUGUGGCCACAGGACACCAGUUUGUUCCCUGCUGACUGGAGCCCUGCUUGAGGCCACAGCUGCUCUUGGUGCCCGCUCUCCCCUGCCAUACCCCUUUCCCCAGCUUCCCAACAGCCACGCCGUGCUGAAAGAGCGUCAGCUGACCAACAGUAUGACCACCAGCAACUCUCUUCCUCCCAGUGUCAGUGGGAUCAGUAAGGAACUGGCAGAGUUACGACACCUCGUCCAGUUCCCCGAGGAGAUCGCCUGUAUCCUCACUGAGCAAGAGCAGCAACUCUACCAGCGGGUCUUUCCCUUGGACUACCUCUGUUUCCUCACUCGAGACAUGGGCAGUCCUGAGUGUCAAACUAAACGGCAUCCAAACCUCAAGGCCUCGCUGUCAGCGCCCAGCAUGCCUACCCAGAGUGCUCAGCGAAGUAAUGCUGUGGAGGACCUGGUGGCGCGGUUCAAUGAGGUGAGUUCUUGGGUGACGUGGCUGGUCCUGACAGCAGGGUCCAUGGAGGAGAAGAGAGAUGUUUUCUCCUAUCUGGUUCACGUCGCUAAAUGCUGUUGGAACAUGGGAAACUACAACGGUGUUAUGGAGUUCCUGGCUGGACUCAGGUCACGAAAGGUCCUGAAGAUGUGGCAGUUUAUGGACCAGUCAGACAUUGAGACUAUGAGAAGCUUAAAGGAUGCUAUGGCUCAGCACGAGUCUUCUGCUGAGUACAAGAAGGUUGUCACCAGAGCUCUCAAUAUCCCAGGAUACAAGGUGGUGCCGUUCUGUGGGGUUUUUCUGAAGGAGCUGAGUGACGCUUUAGACGGGACAGCAAGUAUCAUCAGCCUCAAACCACCUCCAGACAACACAGAGGACUCUAUAGAGUUUGUGUCCGACUACUACGGCCAGCACAACUUCAUGUCUCGGUCUGGUCCAGAUGGCCUACACGUCCCAGAAAAAGAAGCCACUGUCAGCAAUAUCCUCCAGAUUAUCAGAUCUUGUAAUCGUAGUUUAGAGGUAGAGGAUCCCGAUGAGGCGUCCACCGCUCCCUUUCCUACUGGUAUCUCCCCUGCAUCCAGAAGCAACUCUUUCAGAGACCGCUGCUGCAACCAAUUCAUGGUCGGCGACUUGUCAGAUUCAGAUGGCGACUUGUCUUCUGAGCCAGUGGUGAAAGAGGUGGAGUUUCAGGGGACCGAGGAGACACACAGAGCUUUCAGCCACGGCACUGAGCUAAUUCCCUGGUACGUGUUGUCACUACAACCGGACAUUCACCAGUUUCUGCUGCAGGGGGCUACAGUCAUCCACUAUGACCAGGACAGCCACCUCACAGCUCGCUGUCUUCUGCGGCUACAGCCUGACAACACAACACUCACCUGGGGUAAGCCACAGUACAGAGGGGCUUUCUCUCUGGAGCAACCGCUGGGAUUAGGACAGACUGUGGUGGCAGGACUAGCAGAAGGCCUGUUGGACCUGGGAGUGGUGAAGGCAGUGUUCCUGGGUCACCAGGGAGUGGACAUCCAUGCCGUGUGUUUGCAGAACAAGCUGAGCCAGAUGACAGUGGAGGAGAAUGGUCUCAGCCUCCUUUAUGGUCUCAGUACAACUGACAACAGGCUCCUACACUUUGUGGCCCCCAACCACACUGCACAAACGCUCUAUAAGGGCCUGUCGGAGCUGGUGAAUGCAACCAGAAAGUUGAAGAAGUUUCCUGACCAAAGGUUGCAGUGGCUGAGGAGGCAGUAUGUCAGCUUGUAUCAGGAGGAUGGUAGGUACGAAGGCCCCACACUAGCUCAGGCCAUUGAGCUCUUUGGUGGACGCAGGUGGAACAUGGGUACAGGUGGAGUGGAGAAAGCUGGCACCCAGAAAAACAGCCCUCUGAGCAUCAAUGAAAAGGCCAAGAAGAAAAAGAAAGCCCUUGUCAGGGGAGACAGUGGGGAUGCCACGGAUGAUGAAAUGGUUUCUAGGAAAACACGCAGCUGUAAGGAGGGACUGUCUCGAAACGGGCCAGAGUCUGACAGCAUCGACCAAGAUGAUCCAGAGGACAGCUUCCCUGGACCAUUCUCCCUUUCAUCUAAUAAGAGCCCGGGACUGUUGGCCUCUUCUUCCUCCUCGUCUUCUUCCUCCAGCAUGGCAGGUUCCGUCCAGUCUCGCCCACAGUCCUCUCCAAUCCUUUCAGGAACUGCCAAUUCACAGCCAGGGGCUUGGAGCAGCAGGUCGUGGCAUGGUCGAGGUAAAGGCUGUUUCAGAGGCUUCCAGAAUCUCAUGAUUUCUGACAGCACAAUGAGCUUCAUUGAGUUUGUUGAGCUCUUCAAAUCAUUCAGUAUCCGAAGCAGGAAGGACCUGAAGGAGCUGUUUGACAUCUUUGCUGUCCCCUGCAGUCGUUCAGGGCAAGAGUCAGCUCCUCUGUACACCAACCUCAGAAUAGAUGACAAAGACACUGAUCUACAACCAGACCUUGACUUACUAACCCGUAACGGUUCUGAUCUGGGCCUGUUUAUUUGGACAAGGCAGCAGAUGUCUGACAACCAGAAGCAGAUCUCAGAUGCCAUCGCAGCAGCCAGCAUUGUGACCAACGGAACAGGAGUGGAAAGCGCGUCACUAGGCGUGUUGGGAUUGGCUAUCCCACAGCUCAACGAUUUCUUAGUGAACUGUCAGAGAGAGCAUCUGAGCUACGAUGAGGUUCUCAGCAUUAUACAGAGAUUUGAGCCCUCAUUAGGCAUGAGACAAAUGGGUUGGAUGUCAUUUGAAGGCUUUGCGAGAUUCUUGAUGGACAAGGAGAACUUUGCUUCUCGUGAUGAGGAAUCACAAGUGAACCUGCAGGAGAUGCAGUACCCUCUGUCCUACUACUAUAUUGAGUCGUCUCAUAACACUUACCUGACUGGGCACCAGCUCAAAGGAGAGUCCUCUGUUGAGCUUUACAGUCAUGUGCUGCUUCAAGGCUGUAGGAGCGUAGAGUUGGACUGCUGGGAUGGAGAUGAUGGCAUGCCAGUUAUAUACCACGGACACACACUCACCACUAAGAUACCCUUCAAGGAUGUAGUGGAAGCAAUUAACCGGGCUGCAUUUGUCAACUCCGAUAUGCCGGUCAUCCUGUCUAUAGAGAAUCACUGCUCAAUUCCACAACAACGCAAGAUGGCUGAAAUCUUCAAGACAGUGUUUGGGGAACGUCUUGUGACACGGUUCCUCUUUGAAAGUGACUUUAGUGAUGACCCUCACCUGCCGUCGCCGCUGCAGCUGCAGGGAAGGAUCCUCCUUAAGAACAAGAAGCUCAAAGCCCACCAGGCUCCAGUGGACAUACUCAAACAGAAAGCUCACCAGCUGGCCCACAUGCAGGCCCAGGCUAGCAUCGGGACGCCAGGGGUUGCUUCAUCUAGCAACCAUGCCAAUGAGGAAGAGGAGGAGGAAGAUGAUGAGUACGACUAUGACUAUGAGUCUUUGUCAGAUGAUAACCUUCUAGAUGACAAGCCAGAAGGGAAGAGCUCGGCAGACAAAGAAGAACAACCUGUUGAUGAAAUACCGAAGAGGCUCAAGAAGGCUGACAGCACUAUGCAGAGCAAAGGAAAGGUGUUUGACAUGGAGCUGGGCGAGGAGUUCUACCUUCCUCAGAACAAAAAGGAGACUCGACAGAUUGCCCAGGAGCUGUCUGACCUUGUCAUCUACUGCCAGGCUGUGAAGUUCCCUGGCUUGUCCACAAUGUCUCCAACCGGCUCUAACAGAGGGAAGGACCGGGGAAAGAGCAGGAAGUCCUUGUUUGGCACAGCUCCCACUCGCUGCACCCCAACAGGAGAGGUCACGACCCAGAGUCGCACCCCUGGGAAAGGUGGCUCUGAGCGGCUGAGCUGGGAGGAACAGCAGACAUCGCCUGUCCUCAACCCACCCACCUCUCUCAGCGCCAUCAUCCGCACGCCCAAGUGCUAUCACAUCUCCUCCGUCAACGAGAACGCCGCCAAGCGUCUGUGCCGCCGCUACUCCCAGAAGCUGAUCCAGCACACUGUGUGCCAGCUGCUCAGGAUGUACCCAGCAGCCACCAGGAUCGACUCAACCAACCCAAAUCCUUUACUUUUUUGGCUGCACGGUAUUCAGCUGGUGGCACUCAACUACCAGACUGAUGACCUGCCCAUGCAGUUGAACACAGCGCUGUUUGAGGCAAAUGGUGGCUGUGGCUAUGUUCUGAAGCCGGCUGUGCUCUGGGAUCGUAGCUGUCCACUUUAUCAGCAGUUCUGUCCGAUGGAGAGGGAUGUGGAGAAAAUGAGCCCUGCUGUUUAUUCCUUUACUGUUGUCUCUGGUCAGAACGUUUGUCCGGGUAACAGCACUGGCAGUCCGUGCAUUGAGGUGGAUGUUCUGGGCCUGCCCAUCGACAGCUGCCACUUCCGUACCAAACCCAUCCACCGCAACACCCUCAAUCCCAUGUGGAACGAGCACUUUCAGUUCAACGUGCACUUUGAAGAUUUGUGCUUCCUGCGUGUCGCUGUGGUGGAGAACAAUAGUUCCCAGAUUACUGCUCAGAGAACUCUGCCUCUGAAGGCCCUCAAACAAGGUUACAGACAUGUCCAGUUGAGGACACAGCAUAAUGAGUCACUUGAAGUGUCCAGCUUAUUUAUCUACAGCCGCAGAACAGAGGAAGGUCCCGCAGGGGGCGCUACUUCCUCAUGCUUGCUGUUUAGUUCAGAGGAGAAGCGUGCAGCACAGCAGCACAGCGUGACUGUGCAUGGAGCUCCUGGCCCUGAGCCCUUCACGGUGUUCUGUGUUACGGAGCAGACAACUGCCAAACAGCUGCUGGACAUGGUUGUAGCCUCGUCAGAGAACCCGUCCAUGUACUUCCUGUGUGAGGAGAAGGCUCCUCUGUUGAAGGAGCGCAGUGAGGUGAAACGCUGUGCUCAGCAGCGAUCUCUGGCACCAGAGGAGGAGGUUGUUAGACUCACUCACAGCUGGAACAAUGAGGAGGGAUACGUGGGGAGGCUCUGCCUCAGAACAAGAGAGGAGAAUUUAAAUGAGAAGAACUCUCUGCUGGAGGGAGAAGAGGAGGUGACUGUGGGAAGUAAAGAAGUAGCAGGAGGAGGCGGAGGCGGAGAGGAUGAUGUGUUCUUUGUCCAGGUCCAUGAAGUUUCACCUGAACAGCCUCACACUGUGAUCAAGGCUCCACGUUACAGCACUGCUCAGGACAUUAUACAGCAGACUUUGUCAAAGGCCAAGUAUUCCUAUAGCAUCCUAUCAAACCCUAAUCCAAGUGACUACGUCCUGAUGGAGGAGGUGUCUAAAGACGUAGGCUCUAAGAAAUCGUCCGCUGCAAAGCCCCUGCAGCGGGUGCUGCUCGAUCAUGAGUGUGUAUACCAAGCUCAGAGCCGUUGGCGGAGCGCCGGAAAGUUCAUACUUAAACUGAAAGAGCAGGUGCCACGUGAGGACAAGAAGAAAGUCAUUUCCUUUGCCAGCGAGCUCAAGAAGCUGACCAGCCGCAGCCGCAGCAUGACGACCGGCAGCACAGCGGAUAGUCCUACCCAGAGUAAGGAUGAUAAAGCUGCAUGCUGUGUGGCUCUGACAGAGCUCCAGGAGUGAGGCUCACAACUCUGACUGCUGUCUGUGCAUGGAAAGGCAACAGAGGGUAUCUGUCUGCAGCUGCAGGUCUAAAAACAUGGGUGGCAGAGGGCAGGGUGGGCGCAGGAAGGUUCCUACAAGCCUCUUCCUCCUCCUCAGUUGGGGGGCAACUGCAGCCUGUCCACCCACCCAUCUCCUCUCUGACCCCCGUAGCCAGGAAGCUUCACCUCCUCAGGAACUGGAAGAUCCACAAAUGAAAUCCAGAGAGAGUGAAACUUGUGCUGAUUACUUCCUAAACUUGGAGGACUCCCCUUUCAAAGAGAGCCGAGGUGUUUCAGUCAGGGUCUGAGGCUUUGUGGAAUUAGGGGAUAAGCUCCUCAUUAAGUCCUGAAGGAGUCUGAUCUUGCCUGGUGUGAGUUGAUCAAUUAGAGAAGAGAAUUCAGUCUGCUAUCAGGUCAGAUGACUUUGCUUGGCUGAAUGAAGGACAUGUGUUUGUGAGAAGAAAUCCCACCCAGUGUCACUAUUGAGUAGUGAUUGCCGAGGGGGGGGGCAGACCUGGCUCUUCUUCUUCUUUGUAAUAGUGUUGUUCCAUAGAAACCUGCGAGCACCAGGGGCAGCUGUUGUUAUUGAAACCACCAGAGGAGCAAAAUAACGUCAAAGUAUUUCUUCUGUUUCCAAUGAAUGGAAGGCAUUUGUCAAAAAUGGAGCACUUCCCUGUGUCACGCUAUAAGGAUGAAAAGGUAUGGGCUUGGUUUUAGAUGUGCCAGCUUUUAUCUCCAAAAAAUGCAUCCAAAGAUGAGCAGGAGGGCUGUGAAAUGGUCUCUGGCUGGCAAUUCUUCUAAGAGCUGAUUCAAGGACAAAUGAACUACGGCUCUACAAGAGAUGAAAUGUCCUGUCUACUACCACCACAUGCUACGGUUUGCUAUUAGAUAAAGAUGUAAUGUAUUUGAUACAAAGCAAGUUCAUAAACUACUCCGUUUUCC